CUGCACUACGGGACCCUCCUGGGCAGCAGAGCUUGUGCCCACAUGGCAGCAGCUGCCUGGGGCAGUGGGUUUCUCACUGCUCUGCUGCACACGGCCAAUACAUUUUCCCUACCCCUCUGCCACGGCAAUGCUGUGGACCAGUUCUUCUGUGAAAUCCCCCAGAUCCUCAAGCUCUCCUGCUCAGAUGCCUACCUCAGGGAAGUUGGGCUAAUUGUGGUUAGUGCCUGUUUAGCAUUUGGGUGUUUUGUUUUCAUUGUGGUGUCCUAUGUGCAGAUCUUCAGGGCUGUGCUGAGGAUCCCCUCUGAGCAGGGACGGCACAAAGCCUUUUCCACGUGCCUCCCUCACCUGGCCGUGGUCUCCCUGUUUAUCAGCUCUGGCACGUUUGCUGACCUGAAGCCCCCGUCUGUCUCCUCCCCUUCUCUGGACCUGGUGGUGUCAGUUCUGUACUCGGUGGUACCUCCAUCUUGCUACGAGGCCAUCUCCACCAUCCUGCUGGGCUCAGAGCCUGUAUCAUGGAAAUGA